AUGGAGGAUAUCAAGGUACAAACGUCAAGGGUUAUAGAUGUAAAUGAUUCACAAGUAAUAGAGAAGCAAGCCUUGGAUGACAGGCUAGGAGAUGCCCAUCUCAAUAUUCUUCCUACAAAAAAAAUCAUAGUCUGUCUUGCAGCCUUAUCGCUAGGUCUAUUUGCAUCGUUCGCGGACCAGACAAGUAUAACCAUAGCAUUACCAGCCAUAGCCAAGGAUUUAAGAGCUGAAACCACUAUCAACUGGGCGGGAACAGCCGCCUUAUUGGCCAACUGUGUUUGCCAAGUUCUCUUUGGAAGACUAGCAGACAUCUUUGGCAGAAAGAAUAUUUUGCUCUUUUCUCUUGGUACACAAGCAGUAGCAGACAUUGGAUGUGCAGUUUCUCGGACUGGGGUGGAAUUCUAUAUCUUUAGAGCGAUUGCUGGUAUUGGAUGUGGAGGUACUCAAUCGUUGACCAUGGUGAUGUUGAGCGAUAUUUGUACCUUGAAGCAAAGGGGAAAGUAUCAGGGUAUAUUAGGUGCUCAGGUCGGUUUAGCGAAUGCUUUGGGUCCCUUCAUUAUGGCAGCUUUCGUAGAACACACAACUUGGAGAGACUUCUACUACAUGAUGAUUCCCUUGGUUAUAAGCGUGAUGGUUACCAUCUACUUUUUGAUUGAUGGUAAGAAAAAUGCUAGUCAACUCAACAACGUUUUGUCCAGAAAAGAGAAAUUCAAGAAGAUUGACUACUUGGGGAUGUUUUUCAGUACUGCAAGUCUUACAUUGUUGCUCAUUCCCAUCAGUGGCGGUGGUUCAUCUUACCCUUGGAACAGUCCUCUCAUUAUUGGUAUGUUCGUAUCAGGUGGGUUGAGUUUCUUUGUUUUUAUCUACAUCGAAUGGAAGCUUGCUGAACUUCCAAUGAUUCCUUUGAGAAUUUUCGCCAGUCCCUCCCUAUCUCUUAUCUUGGGUUCCAAUUUCCUAUACGGAAUGGCUUACUACGGAUUUACGUAUUACUUGCCAUACUACUUGCAAAUCGUUCGAGGACUCGAUUCGAUCCAUGCCUCGAUUAUUUUGUUACCAUUAGUGCUUACGCAAUCUAUAGCUUCCAUCAUUGGAGGAACCUUGAUAAGUUAUUUUGGCCACUACAAGAAUAUUAUUCUUAUGGGAUAUGGGCUCUGGACAGUUAGCUGUGGGCUCUUGUAUAUCUUCAACACGCAGACCAACUGGGGAGUCAUAGUUGUCAUUUUGUUAGUUAUGGGAGUAGGCGUUGGGUGGACUUUCCAGCCUACAAUGGUUGCUGCUCAGAGUCAAGCCAAAAAAUCAGACAGAGCGAUUGUUAUCAGUGCCAGAAACGUUUUGAGAUCCUUUGGUGGUUCAGUAGGCAUUUCUAUUGCUUCCAUGAUUGUCAGCAAUAGUUUGUUAAGGGAAAUCAGAAGAGAAUCCAAGAAUGAAGGUAGCAUAUUGGACGGUUAUUUGGACUACUUGAAGGAUCACAUCUACAGCAGAGUUGAUACAUCCAAGCUUAACCACGCCCAACAAGUGGUAGUUAGAGAGAUGUACAUGAAAGCCAUCAAGAACUAUUUCUACAUCUGCUUGCCUCUCAUUGCAGUUUGUUUUAUCUCUACCAUCUUCGUGGUAGACCGAGGCUUGCAAUGUAUUGACGAGGAGCCAGAACAAAAGAACAAGGACAAGGAAUCGGAUAUAGAUACAAGCAGCAACAGCUCAAGACAGUAA